AUGGCACCGCCGCAUGUGACAGACCUGCUCCCGCGCUCAGUCAUCGACGGCAUGUCGCGGCGGGCGAGCGGAUUUAGUUCCGGAGUGCGCUGUCAGCGGUAUCCCUGUGGCCGAUACCAGGGUAAAUGGCUGGGCCUGCAGCCGCACGGGUUUGGAGUGAAGCAAACGAGCAGUGGACUUGUCUACGAGGGUCACUGGCAGCGGGGUCAACGGCAUGGCACUGGCACGCUGCGUCGCAAGGAGCCCGAUGGCCGCACUGAACGCAUCUACGUGGGUCAGUGGCGGGCGGACAAGCGGUGCGGCGAGGGCAAGCAGUUCUUUCCGGACGGAUCCGUCUACUUUGGCCAGUGGGUGGCGGACCAGCGAAGUGGCGAGGGCAUCUUGUGGCAGGCGGAUGGCGGCAUCUAUGUGGGCGAGUGGCUCCUGGACAAAAUGCACGGAAAGGGUUUACUUAUCACGGCAACUGGGAAUCGCUACGUGGGUCAAUUUGAAGGAGGCUGCAAAUCAGGCUCUGGUGUUUUCUACCAUGGCACCAAUGGCCAGCGAGCUCAGCGCGGAUUUUGGAGCAAGGACAUUUGUAUAACGUCACUACUGUCUUUGCCAACCGAAGGAAAUAUUUAGUUUUUUGUAACACUUACACACAAUAUAUAUUUAAAUUUAAAGACAUUUUCAGUAAGAAUAAAUAUGAACUAAGAAGACUGCAGUACUAUCUAAUCAGUGCCGGUGACGUCUGCGUGUGCUAAUGGACUCCGUUUCAGGAGCCUGUGCUUCGGACACCUGACGCCUCGUUCGCCUGGCUGAAAGAGUCGCCGUCUUUGGUGUCUCUACUGGUUGGCGCACCCGAGCUCUGGUGCUCCGUGCACUCAUCGUUGUUGCUGGCGUAUCUACUAUCUCCAAGCUAUUAUCCAAUGUUAGGACUUUACAGGCUUUGGACGUGGGCUUGGGCUUAGUUUUUUCUCUACUUUUUGGUUGGUUCUUUUUUGUGGGCACUGAUGGUAAAUCGUCGUCGUCGCUUAUCUCGAUCGCUUGGCAGGCAUUCAGAUCCAC